GGUUAUAAACUUUUGAAUGCCGUUUCUGCACAUUUCCACGCAUUGUUUUUUUUCUUGAUAAAUGGGUAAAGUGUUUCCGAAUUAGCAAGAAAGUUGAGCUUAUAUAAGAGAUAACGAACGAACGGAUGAACGGUGACAUUGAAGUCAACUUGGCGAUUGAUCGUUCUUUUCAUGCGCGUAGCAACCUUCGUUAGCAACUGAACAGCUCGAUUGACAACACUUGUAGUUUUCAUAAAAUUUGGACCAGGAAUGAGAUCAUGGGGACCUUGACCCAGCGAAACGUCGUUUCAUCUGGCUUCCAAGGUAUUUUUUGCUGGAAUACACCUGUAUAAGAUAUAAUUUUGAGCUUUAGGACGAGCCCCGCUGUGUAAACGUGUUGAGUAGUCCAGCUCUACUUAUGUAAACAUGGAUGAAUUUGAUGAAAAUGGUUGGGCUCAUGUACAUCACGCAGCUUACAAUGGCUACUACAAGAGUGUUAGUCGUUUCAUAAAAUCGAGAGAAGACCAACUGGAGCUUGAGACUCAAGAUGGACAACAGCUGACUCCCUUUCUACUAGCGUGUGUGAACGGCCAUGUUGACACGAUACAACUUCUGGCGGAAGAGUUGGGCGCCAAUCUCAAAGCUAAGGAUCGAAAACUGUUUGGCGCUGUGGAGCUGGCAGCAUUGAAGGGCCACAUUGGCGUUUUGGAGUAUCUUUUAAAGCUGGACAGUCCAGAUCUCGAAGUCUGGAAAAAUCUUAUUCGUGGCUUGUCGGUAGGUGAUCUCGAGACAUCGUGCGCUAGAGCAUUAGUGGAACUUACGAAUGAGGGAAACUCUGAACUUUUAGAAUCGUUUUUAAAUGCCGGAGGAGUCCAAGCUCUCUUAGGAUUAUUGAAAAAUUCAUUAUCCAGCGUGGAUUCAAAUGUCUUUGCUCUUUCCGUGUUGCUGAAUCUUGUUAAGGACGAAAGAGGCAAGGAACAACUUUCAAAGAACAAAGCUGUUCCUCCCAUUAUUUUGCAACUUACCGACACUCCAAGAGAUGUAUAUCUUCCUGCUACCAGGCUGCUUGAGGCUUUGGCAUACAGUGAUGAAAAUAAAGAGGCUACAGUUAGCAGUGGUGGAAUAGAUCCAUUGGUAAGGUUACUCCAGCACACUAAGGAUGAAGAGGUAGUUGAAUCAGCCCUAAGUACAUUAAGGGUGUUAUCCAUCUCAAAUUCUGAGGUACAAGCCACUGUGGGAAGUAAUAAUGAAAUAUGGAACUCAGUGGUCAGCUUGCUAACAGCAGUGAAAAACAAGCAUGUGCUAGCAGCUGUGGCUAAAACUGUGGGAGCUAUGGUCAAGGGAAACACGGCUAAUCAAAAUGCAUUUGUGGCUAAAAAUGGAGUACAGCCAUUGAUGGAAUUGAUGCGAUUGCGAUCAAGAGAAUGUCAAUUUGCUUCAGUUGAAGGGAUCCAUGCUCUAGCAGAAGGCAAUGAGGGCAAUCAGAGAGUUGUAACAGAACAUGGAUGUGUUAUGAUGCUGAUGCGACUGUUAAAGCGAUCUCGAGCAGCCGAUUUAAGAACACUCACAGCAGGAGCUCUCUGGGCAAUUGCUGGGGAAAAGAAUGCACAAAGACGGUCAAUUGCAGCAGAAAUUGGAAUUAACCUCCUUAUUGAAUUUCUCUCCGAGAAUUUAUCAGAGAACUUACAUUUCAUUGGCUCAGAAGCUCUUGGUGUUCUUGCUGAGGGUGUCAGAAAUAAAAGAGAUGAAAUUGCCCAAGCAAAUGGUGUGAUGCCAUUGGUUCGUCUUUUGGGGAAAUCCAUGACACCGGCAUACAUCAUCUUAAGUGUGCUUCAGACAUUGCGUGCACUGUGUCUGUGCCUUAGCUUCAGACCUCAUAUCCAAAAUCAAGAUGCUGUUACCAGGGAAGGGGGCCUGAAACUUCUGAUCAGAUACAUGGUGCAAGCAAGACAGGAUAUUAUCAAAGCAGAAGCUUCCUAUACUCUUGGCUGUGUUUGUUUGAGAAACUCUACCAACAUGAAAGCAACAUUGGAUCAUAAAGACUUCAGUUUUGUUCACAUUCUGCGACAGCUUUACAAUGAUGAUGAAGAGGUGCACCUUCUUGCUGGAGCUGCGCUCUCUGUUUUUGCUUACAACAAUGUGGCAAACCAAAGAAAUAUUGCGAUGUCUGGGGGAGUAAGGUACCACACCUUUGUUCCGUUCUUGGAGCAGAAAAAUGAAAGGUUGGCUACCUAUACAGCAUUUCAAGUGGUGGUUUUAUCCCGGAUUAUUCCAGAUGAGGACCAAUCCUUGACCUCAGCAACUGGAAUUAAAAUGUUGGUAUCACUUCUUGACUCAGCUACUGAAGACAUCCAAUGUGCUGCUGCAAAUUUUAUUGGAGGACUUGCUCAUUCAAGAGCAGGAAUUCCAGGUGCCAUUAUCUCCAUAGGAACUAUCCCCAUACUCGGCAAACUGUUGACAUCACAGUACGAAACUGUGCAGGCAGCAGCAGCAGUAGCCCUGGGAUACUUGAGCUAUGACAGCAUAGGGGAGAGACAGCUGCUAAGUUUGUGCCGACAUGAUCCUUUUCUUUAUGAAGUGAUUCAGUUUCAUGCAGGAAAAGUGAAACUGUCUCGACAAUUUAUAGAGAGAUGGCAACACUGCAAGAGGAUUGGUCUUCCUCCCAUAAUGAAAAAACCUGAUCCCUUUCUCUCAGUGGGUCAGAAGAUGGUAACAGCUCAUUUUGCUCUGGAUGCUGAACAAACAUUUACAGUAACAAGCACUAACGAAUCGCCAGGGAUUGCCUCAGAUGGAUUGCCUGAAAGAAAAUUAUCUGCCACAACUAGUAUGAGAACUGGCACAAUUUUGAGACUUCCAAUAUCAUAAUUUAAAUUGAAAAUAGUUAACCUUAGAUGAAAAUGCUAGGCUUGAAAUGUAGUAAGGAAGUUCAUUGUGAGCUUAGAACACAUUCAUCAGAAAAAGCUUUGUUUAAAAAAACAGUACAGUAAAAAAUUGACAGUGGUAGGGAUUCCGUAAUAAUCAGCAUAAACCAUAAAGAGUUUUGCGAAUUUUUUCAGCUAAUUGUGGCAACAAUCAUGAAGUGCAUUGUUGUUCUGAAUAGAGACUCAUGUAAGCUGCAUGAUGUCAUAUGAACCAAAGAGAACUGCUGCAUUUGUGCUUCUGACUCUUUCUUCAUUUUCUUGAACAUCCCAAGUGCUUCUAAAUGGUUCAAAUUAUUCAACAGCCCUCUAUGAAUAAGUUCUAAUUUCUCUGAAAAUGUCUCAUGAGUUGUGCAUACCUGCACAGUUGAGAUUUAGAGAGCAAGAAUUAUUCCUUGAGCUUUCAAGUCACAUAGAAUUGCAUACAUAGUUAUUGUAUUGAUACUGUAGUAUAAUGACAUUUUAGUAUAAUUUCAGAGCUGAGCAGAGUUUCCAGCAAUCUGAUUGGCCGAGC